AAAAGGCGCCGCCGCCCGCCAGCCCCGCUCCGCCGCCCGCGCACCUCCUCCUCCUCCUCCUCCUCGGGCACCGGCACCCUCCCGCCUCCCUCCUCCCUCACAGCAGCAGCAGCAGCACCUCCAGGACAGAGACAGACCUCCGCCGAGCCCGCCAUGAGCAACCUGCAGCCCAAGGAGACCGAGCACGGCAGCACCGGCAGCACCGGCAGCGGCGGAAGCCUGGAGGAAGAGGUAAGGACACUUUUUGUCAGUGGCCUUCCUGUAGACAUCAAACCCAGAGAGCUUUACCUGCUUUUCCGGCCAUUCAAGGGUUAUGAAGGAUCGCUGAUCAAACUAACAUCAAAACAGCCAGUAGGCUUUGUUACCUUUGACAGCCGGUCUGGUGCAGAAGCUGCAAAGAAUGCAUUGAAUGGCAUCCGCUUUGACCCGGAGAAUCCCCAGACAUUGCGGUUAGAGUUUGCUAAAGCCAACACCAAGAUGGCAAAAAGCAAGCUGAUGGCCACACCGAAUCCCACCAAUCUCCACCCUGCCCUAGGAGCACACUUCAUUGCACGGGAUCCUUAUGACCUGACUGGAGCAGCUCUGAUCCCAGCAUCUCCAGAAGCAUGGGCUCCCUAUCCACUCUACACCACAGAGUUGACCCCUGCAAUCCCACAUGCUGCUUUCACGUAUCCAGCCGCCGCCGCCGCCGCUGCUGCCCUUCACGCUCAGAUGCGCUGGUAUCCUCCUUCUGAAGCUACCCAGCAAGGAUGGAAGUCUCGUCAGUUCUGUUAGUUUUAAGCCGCCUCUUGGCCCACCUUUUCCCUUCUUGUCUCUCCAUGGAGUGAUGUGCCAGGAAUGAAGUAGUCUGUGGAUCGCUGGAAAUCUUCCCUCCAAACCCUUCCUGUGGACACCAGAAAGGUGCCCAACUGCAGUAACUCCCCCUUCUUGUGAAUGAAUCUGUGGGCUUCCCUGUCCCAAGACUGUGAACAUAAACUGUCCAGCCUCUUCCCCAGUUCAGUAACUGCAUGGUCUGUGUACUCUCCCGCCUGCUUGCCUGCCUGCCUGCCUCCCACCCCAUCCACCCAUUCCACUAACUCCCAUUACUGAGUUUCUCCUACUAUGCUGGGGCCUAGUUGGAGAGACCAGAUCUUGAUGAUAGACCCUUUUUUUGUUCCCAGCUGGGAUGCUGGCAUUAAAUGUGGUCUAGCUGUGUACAGUGCAAUAUCCAGGCCUUUCUUAUCCUAAACAUUGUUUAUGCAGUUCCGCUGAAGGAAGCGAAAGACAAUCGGUUUUGCAUGUUUUCUGGCAUGAAUUUAAAACACUUUAACUUGGUGGGUGUGUGCGUGUGUGAGUGUGCAAAGCUGUUUUUGUUCUAGCAUUUGUGUAACUAUAGCAAUGGGUUUUGGCCUAGCUAUUGAUCACUGAAGUUUUUUCAUCUUGCUUCUGUGAAGACUUGGCUUCUAAAAAACACUAUCCUAGUUUUGCCUUGUUCUCUCCCCCCCCCCCUCCUUCUUAUUCCCUUUUGAGGCUCCCCUUUCCAUUUUCUGCUUUGACUAGAAUUUGAAAAGAGAGAGAGAGAGAGUUUCUUCUCAAAAGUACAAUGCACUGGGUUUCUUGUCCAUUUUGCCCUUCUCCAGUUCAAGUCAGGGUUGUUUUUGUGUUUUAUUUUUCUGUUAAGCUCCUAUAUAUAGAACAUCUGUAAAAUAUUUAACUUUUUUUCCCACAUCCCUCUGAUUGGAGAGAAUCCAGUCUUGCCAAAUAAUCAGCCAUCCUUAUGGGAAUAUCGAACAAAGAUGUACGAGUAUUUUUGUACCAUGUGUAAUAAGGAAAUAUUUAUGCAUCAUAAAAAGAUUCUGUGUGGUUUUGUGCAAUUAAUUAUUAUUAUUAAAGAGAAACUGUAAUCUGUAAGAUAAGUUUAAUGUUCAGUUUAAAAGCUUGAAGGAAAAAAAAAGACUUUUUUCUGUAACUGAUUCAGUCAGGCAUAGUAACAAGAAAUUGUGCAAUUUUUCGUUGACAUUUUAUUGCUUGGUAUUUGGAAGUGCUUUAAGUAUUAUAUUGGACCAUGGCUGUCUCACUUGUAUUAAAAUUCUUAAGAAUAAGUUGCUAUAUCCUAUGAGAAUGUGAAACUGGAUAAUAUAUGAAUUGUACUCAGUGGUGUGUUGACUCUUUACUGCAUGAAGGUGUAUGAUAUGUGGUAUUUACUUGUGACUGAUGAAGGUCACAGACUGGUGUGUGAGUGUGUGUAUGUGUGCAAGAGAGAGAGAGAGAAAUUUACACCUUCAUUCUCCCUAGAAUGUGAGCCUCACUCAGGUGGCAAACUUGUGAGUAGACCACAAAAGUCAGCCAAAAGGCUGGGGCAUGAGGAGGCACAUGCAAGAGAUCUUUAGGGACCUUAUUGUAAGAUAUUUUGAUGCUAAUGUCAGAAGCCUCUAAACUAAAACAAUUUUUAAUUGUAAAGGAGAAUAUACAUACCAGCAUAAUAAAUUUGGUAGAAUAAGGAAUAGCAAUAGGAAUAUGACCAUUUCUAUGAUUCUUUGAUUCUAUGAUUCUAGAUACAGUGGCUAUAGACUAGAGUGGUGUGGUAACAUCACCAGGAUUGGUGACACUUGAUGCGGGGGUACCGAGGGAGAUUGGUGGCAGCAACUGCUUGCUGCUUCAUUGGGGACCCAGAUACUACCCUGGGGAGACAGCCAGGACAGUGAUAAACCCAUGAGCAGUGCACUCGCCUCUCUGCCAUCCUCACCACCACCUCAGUUUCCUCCUACCCGAAUUAGGGGGGGGCUGCUGGGGAGCGGCAGCUGCUUGCCCCUUGUAUUCACCCCAGGAAGGAAGAUGAUCUGACAACAAAUCCACAAGCAGUGCGGUCACCCCUCUGCCGCAGCAGGAAGAGGACCCCACCAGGAGUGUCAUCCGGUGCAGUCUGCACUCCCUGCACUCGCCCAGUGAUGCCACUGCGGUGGUGUCUAUCCUUCAAAUAUCAAG